AUGAGAUAUAAUGAUGUUCGUGACAAAACGACUGUUGUUGAUGAGGUCCUGGAACGGUAUACAACUGCAUUGAGCAAGAAGGUGAUGAUUUCGAAUACGGAGUUGUUCAAGGAUUGGCUUGUUCUCAAGCAGGAUCAUACACUCGCAGCCAGAAGCUGUGGAUUUACUGCGUGGGCUGGGGCAUUCAUGAAUACCUGGAACUCCGAUUUCGUGAAAUCGGGCUUCCAAGCUCAUUCAAAAGGCUUCAUUACCAUCGUUGAUGGGAGAAUCGAACUUCAUCAUCCGAUGAUUGCGGGUGUCCUUCGUGCAAACCAGGCAGAGGAAACUAUCACAUCCGAAGCACUUCGAACUGCGAAGGAAUAA